UAUUCCACAAACACUACAAGAAAAACGGUCAUUUCUUUCGUUUCGUCUUUAUAAACGGUGAUCACAGACGUUCACUCGAAUAGUAACCCCCUUGGCUUCUAAAAUGGAAGUCCCAAAUAGCAAAAACAAGACUAUGAUAAGUGUGGAGAUAGGCAUGGAGGUGCACAAAGUGGAAGCACCACCUCAUAUAAGUAGCUUGAAAAAGCUAAAGACAAGGCUCAAAGAAACCUUCUUUCCUGAUGACCCUCUUCGACAAUUUAAGGGCCAGUCUGCGAAAAAGAAGUGGAUUCUUGGAGCUCAGUAUGCUUUGCCCAUACUCAAAUGGGGACCUGAGUAUAGUCUCAAAAGUUUCAAAUCAGAUAUUGUUGCUGGCCUCACUAUUGCUAGCUUAGCCAUCCCUCAGGGAAUAAGUUAUGCAAAGCUUGCUAAUCUGCCUCCCAUUGUUGGUCUAUAUUCAAGUUUUGUGCCACCACUAAUAUAUGCUGUCCUGGGGAGCUCAAGAGAUCUUGCAGUAGGGCCAGUUUCUAUAGCUUCACUUGUCAUGGGAUCAAUGCUUAGACAACAAGUGAAUCCUGUCACAGAGCAAGUUCUGUUUCUUCAGUUAGCAUUCACAUCAACUUUCUUUGCUGGUCUCUUCCAAGCUUCCUUGGGAUUCUUAAGGCUUGGAUUUAUAAUAGACUUUCUCUCAAAGGCCACACUUAUCGGAUUCAUGGCCGGAGCUGCCAUAAUAGUGUCUCUCCAGCAGCUCAAAGGGCUUCUUGGGAUCACUCAUUUUACCAAAAAGAUGGGUUUGGUUCCCGUUAUAUCUUCUGUUUUCCGUGAAACAAACGAGUGGUCGUGGCAAACCAUACUGAUGGGCUUUUGUUUCUUGGUGUUCCUUCUAGUAACCAGACACAUUAGUAUAAAAAAGCCAAAAUUAUUUUGGAUUUCUGCUGGAGCACCUCUUUUAUCAGUUAUCCUCUCCACCCUCUUUGUUUUUGCUUUCAAAGCUCAAGAUCAUGGUGUCAGUGUUAUUGGAAAAUUGGAAAAAGGAUUAAACCCGCUUUCGUGGAACAUGCUGCAAUUUCAUGGAAGCCACCUUGGUUUGGUGAUAAAAACUGGUCUCAUCACUGGGAUUCUUUCUCUUACAGAAGGUAUCGCGGUUGGAAGAACAUUUGCAGCUCUAAAGAACUAUCAGGUUGAUGGUAACAAGGAGAUGAUUGCAAUUGGCCUUAUGAAUGUGGUUGGCUCUACUACUUCGUGCUAUGUUACAACAGGGGCAUUCUCUAGAUCAGCAGUUAAUCACAAUGCUGGAGCGAAAUCUGCAGUCUCAAACAUAGUUAUGUCAGUUACAGUUAUGGUGACGCUCCUCUUUUUGAUGCCAUUGUUCCGCUACACACCAAAUGUUGUGUUGGGGGCGAUCAUAGUCACUGCAGUCAUCGGUCUUAUUGAUCUUCCAGCUGCAUAUCAAAUUUGGAAGAUUGAUAAAUUUGAUUUUAUCGUGAUGCUAUGUGCAUUUUUAGGCGUAAUCCUUAUCUCUGUUCAAGAAGGAUUAGCAAUUGCUGUAGGAAUAUCUGUAUUAAAGGUGCUCUUGCAGAUCACAAGACCUAAAAUAGUGAUGCUAGGCAACAUUCCGGGUUCAGAUAUUUUCCGCAACAUACACCAGUACAAAGAAGCAGCCAAAAUCCCUGGAUUCCUGAUUUUGAGCAUUGAAGCUCCGAUUAACUUUGCCAACAUCACCUAUCUAAAUGAUAGGAUCUCGCGGUGGAUUGAAGAUUGUGAAGCAGAGGAUAAAACUCAAAAACAAUGUGCACUGCAGUUUGUAAUACUAGAUUUGUCAGCUGUAAGUGCCAUUGAUACUAGUGGAGUCUCGUUCUUCAAGGAUAUAAGGAGAGUAUUGGACAAGAAAAGCCUCGAGCUUGUGUUAGUGAAUCCAAUUGGCGAGGUGAUGGAGAAAUUGCUGCGAUCCGAUGAUGCCAAUGACCUAAUGAGACCAGAUACUCUAUUCUUGACUGUGGGUGAGGCAGUGACGAUGCUUAUGUCCACAAUGAAACAUCAUGUCUAAUAGACUAGCUUUUGAACCUGUCAUACGAUCUGUUUUUCUGCGUAAUUUAAUGGAAAUGCGAUCUGAUAUACAAGUUCUGUAUGUGCAUUUCAUUAGCAUUAAGUUCGUGGUGUUACGUUAACGUACUGAACUAGAUUGCCUUGCAAGAAAGGAGCCUCAAUAUA